GUUCAGGGCAGUGCGAGGUUUGGGUCGGUCCGCAGUCGGAGUUGCCGCGCCGCCGUGUGUCGACAGCAUUCGUUCCUGUCGGCUGUCCACCAUGUCGUCGUCGACCAAAGCAGGCGAUACCCGGACCCCGUCGCCCGCUUCGCACAACACGUCCCCGCGCAGCAACAAGGUCGCGUCCGUAGACUCGAACGUGACCAUCUCGACGGCCGUUCCGUCGUUGAUUCUUGGGGACAAUGCAAAAUUUACGCUCGACGACAUUGCGCUGCACUUUUUAAGCCUCUACUUCAUCCAGCUGUCGACGAACAAGGUGCUCACGCAUGUCGAGGACGCGUUCGCUGCCCAUUACGUUCAGAUCCAGCGCGUCAACCACGUGCGAGGCAUGAUUGUCACCAUGCUCUUCUUUUUCGUCGUCAUCUACUACGACUACGACGUGCUCGUGAACCGAGGCGGGACGAACGGCACGGCCACGUCCACUAUUGCCAUCAGCGCGCCGUCGACAGGUGCAGGCAACCUCGAGCUGUGUCGAAUGACCGUGAUAGGGGCCGGCGGCGGCGUCCUCGCGUUCAAAAUCACCAUGCUCCUCCGCUUCGCCGUGAUUUUGCCGCUCCUCUGCAUCAACAUUUGGUGCGUCCACCGCGCCUCCAUCAAGACCUACCUCCGGGUCACAUACAUCUCGCACUUCUUCCUCGGCAUGUACUUCCUCGUGUACAAUAAGCUCACGUGCGAUUUUGGCGUGACGUGGCUGUGCCUCGUCGUUAUGUACUUUUACUCGUGCACGCCGCUCCGGUUCCUCCACAUCAUGGGGUCGUCUGCCAUGCUCCUGCUCAUCUACCCCGCCAUUAUCUAUCCCCAGUGCCCCGGCGAGUAUACCCAAAUGAUCAUUCGCGAAUACUUGUACGCGUGGGGGUUCUUCGUCCUCAUUUCGUUUCCCAGUCAAUCGAGGGAGUUUGCCAUUCGAGUAAGCUACAUGAGUGAAACCCUGCUCUUGUCGCAGCAGCGCCAGCUCGAGCAAGAAGAAACGAGGUCGAAGCUGCUGCUCGGAAGCAUGCUGCCUGCAUCCGUGAUAGCACAGCUGCAGUCUGGCCGUGAGCUCAUCGCGGACGCGUACCCAGCCGUGACGGUGCUUUUCUGCGAAGUGUGUCACUUUGACGACAUUUCCGGCCAACUCGCCCCUGCACAAGUCGUCGAGCUGCUCAACACAAUCUUCUCCAAGUUCGACCUCCUCGUCGACUCGCACUCGGUCCACAAGAUUGAAACAAUCGGCGCCGUGUACAUGGUCGCGGGGGGCUGUCCCGACCGCACGAUCAACCACACCAAGCUCGUCGCGAACCUCGCGCUUGAAAUGAUCGCAUCGAUGCCGGAGCUGCGCACCAAGAUCCGCAACACGUUCAAGUGGGCCGCCAACAUGGAAGACGUCAACAUCCGCAUUGGGAUUAAUUCCGGAUCCCUCAUGGCUGGCGUCGUCGGGAUUCGGAAUCCCCGCUUCAAGUUGUUUGGAGAUACCGUCAACGUGGCGUCGCGGAUGGAGAGCACCAACCUGCCGGGCCAUAUUCAAAUGACCGAGUGGACGGCGAAUGCCCUCAAAGACGACUACGUGAUGGAGCUGCGCGGCACGAUUACGGUCAAGGGCCGCGGCGAAAUGCAGACGUUCUUCUUGCAAAAUCGCAAGGAAGGAACGGCCGUGAUCAUGGCGCCAAUCUUGGUGCCCAACCAACCUGCGCCGGUGAUCCCGCCCAUUCCGGUAGCGUCCCCGAAAUCCAUCGUUCGCAUGAGCAUGGUCCGCGCGUCCGUCGUCCACGAGGUCUUGCCCUCGCCCGAUACGCAAGCUCGAGACGCCAUCAUGAAAUUGAUUCCAACAUCCGACGCGUCCAUCAAGUUGCGGUCAGCCACGAGACGGCACAACCUUUCGUCCGUGCCGCGGGCCGACAACAUGAAGGAAGAGGACGAGGACCAACUGGAUCUGCCCGACGAAAUCGACAUGUCGACUUCCGCCGAUGUCGUGCCGCUGCCGUCGGCGCUCAUGGGGCUCCCGGAAGGACUGACGAAGCGGAACCUGUGCUUGUCGAUCCACGCCACGCACACAUUUGAGCGGCUAUAUCGGGCAGAGAACGAAAAAGGCGGGCUCCGGUUCCUCCGGUACUCGAUCUGCCUCGGCGGCGCCAUGAAAGUCCUCGUCAUGACCAUGUACCAAACGUUAUCGCUGCUGCAAGUCCGCGACUUUGCCGGGUCCCAAUUCUUGUUUGUCAUCAACAUUUGCAUCACGUUUCCAACGCUCGUCCUCUCGCUCCUCUUCACAUUCACGCCGGCCUACAAACAGUACCAGCAAAUCUCCACGCUCGCCAUGGUCCUGUUCAUGUCGCUCAUCUUGAACGUAGAAGCUGUCGCGACGACCGGCAAAGGCCACAUCUACUACAGCGUGUUUGCCAUGUACCAGUGCCACUUUAGCAUCCUGUCGUUCUCGCUGCGGCUCUUUGUCGGGUUCUUCAUCUUGGCCAUGUACCUCGUGACGUUCAUGAUCAUCGAGGACUCGCCGUUCAAGUACGUCCCGGCGCCGGACGCGAACGGGAAGGUCGUGUCGUGGUGGCUCGCCAACGGGAUGGUGUACCUCCGGAACGCGCUCUACAUUUUUGUGUUCCUCGGCGCCCAAACAUGGGUCGUGUUCAACAUGGAGUACAAGCAACGAAUCAACCAUUUUCGCGACCUCGUCCUCAACACGCAGCAGCAGAAACUCCUGGAGGAGCAGGACCGCGUGUCCAAACUCCUCCUCAACCUGCUUCCCGAAACGAUCGUCAUGCAGCUCAAGACGUCGCCCGAGAAGACUAUUGCUGAGACCUUUGACAACGUCACGAUCCUGUUUACAGACAUGGUCAACUUUACGUCGUACUCGUCCCGUGUGACGGCCAUGGAGUUGGUGCAAUUCCUCAACGACAUGUACACGCGCUUCGACACGAUCACAGAAAAGCGAGCGCUGUACAAAGUCGAGAUCAUUGGCGACGCCUACUUUGUCGUGGGCGGGUGCCCCCUCGUCACCAACGUGGACGCAAUUACGAUCUUGCAAGCUGGAAUGGACAUGCUGUCGACAUUGCCAAUGCUCCGCCGCAACUCGGGCAACCCCAACUUGAACAUUCGCAUUGGGGUGCACUCUGGUCCUGUCGUGGCCGGCGUUGUCGGUAUCAAGGAUCCGCGAUACCACUUAUUUGGAGACACGGUCGCGAUUGCCCAGCACCUCGAGAGCACGGGGUCGCCUGGUCGCAUCCACUUGAGCGAGUCCACUUACACUCGCAUCAAGAAUACGGACCCGAACGCGUUCAAAUUUGAGUACCACAAGAUGCUCACGUUGGCUGGCCACCACUCCAAGAUUCGCACGUAUUUCGUCACGAGCACGCAGUGACCUGCGGUAGAGGUCGUUAUUUAUGUAGAUGAACCACGUGGGUUUCUUGGACUG